UGAAAGAAAUGCAUUUGCUCUACUUCUUCAUCAUAUUCUUGUUUACUCUAUAUGUCUCUUCUUCUUCUUCUUCUUCUUUGAAGGAUCAUCUCUGUUCUCCUGCUGAUGCCUCUCUGCUACUGCAUUUCAAAAACCAUUUUGACAUUAGUGAAUCUGCGUCAAAAAUAUGUGAGGAGUACCCUGAGACACCUGAGGGGGUAAUCAUUGCUGGCCAACCAAUAAAGGAGCUAUAUUGGGAUGAGGGGUCAGAUUGUUGCAAAUGGGAGGGUGUUACCUGUGAUACCUCCACCGGCCAUGUUAUUGCCUUGGACCUUAGCUGCAGCAAUCUUCAAGGAUCCAUCGAAGCUAACACCACCCUUUUCCAACUUCAUCACCUUCAAACCCUCAAUCUUGCCUAUAAUGAUUUCUCUUUUGACUCUCUUCCACAUGUGAUCGGUAGUUUGACUGCCUUGACUCACCUCAACCUUUCAACCACUUUCUUAUCCGGAACCAUCCCAUCUGAAAUCUCAAAGCUGUCCAAGUUAGUUUCUCUCGAUCUUUCUUAUAAUUUUGAUGAAAGCAGCAAUAGUUCGGGUUUAUUGUUUCUUCACAAUCUCACCAGGCUUGAGGUAUUCUCUAUGGCUGGUAUUGGUCUCCCAUUUACCAUACCAAGGAAUAUAUCUGCUCAAUUACGAUAUUUAGAUCUUUCAAAUAACAAUAUAGUUGACUCAAUUCCUGAUAACAUUUUCCAACUGCCGAAAUUAGAAUCACUUAUUCUACAGCAAAACAUGGAGCUAGUUGGUUCAUUAUCAAAGCUCAGUCGUUGGAAUUGCAAUCAAACAUUACAAGUGUUAGAUCUUAGUUGGACGAAUAUUUCUGGAAAGCUACCAAAUUCAAUUGGCAAUCUCAAGUCUUUGAAGUAUUUUAUGCUUAGAGAGAGUAGUUUUUCCGGUUUUCUUCCAGAAACAAUUGGCAACCUAACCAAUUUGAAAGUAAUGGAGUUUGAGGGUAAUGAAUUCAGUGGUAGUCUCCCACCAACAAUCUCAAAUUUGAACCAACUAACUGUUUUACACAUUUCAUUCAACCAUUUUGAGGGAGAAAUUCCCUGGGUUUUUUGCAUUCCUUCUUUACUCUUUUUGAACCUCACCCAGAAUCAGUUUACAGGGAAUCUUCCUGAGAUUUCAUGCAAAUCGUCAUUACAAAUAGUUGGUUUGAAUAAUAAUCAACUAGAUGGUUUGAUCCCUCAUUCAAUUCCAAACCUUUUUCAUACAACAGACCUCAACUUGGCAUCCAACAAUUUCAGUGGCAAUAUACCUCCCUUUAUUUUUAGCAUUCCCUCUUUACUCUUUUUGUAUCUCAGCGAAAAUAGAUUUACAGGGAAACUUCCUGAGAUUUCUAGUAAUUCAUCAUUAGAAAUUGUUGAUUUAUCUAAUAAUCAACUAGAUGGUUUGAUCCCUCAUUCAAUUUCAAACCUUCUUGAUGCAAGCCAACUCAACUUUGCAUCAAACAAUUUUAGUGGCACUAUACCUCCCUGUAUUUUUAGCAUGCCCUCUUUACUCUUUUUGGAUCUCAGCAGAAAUAGAUUUACAGGGAAACUUCCUGAGAUUUCAAGCAAAUCAUUAUUAACCUCUGUUGAUUUAUCUAACAAUCAACUAGAUGGUCUGAUCCCUCAUUCAAUUUCAAACCUUCUUAAUGCAACAGUCCUCAACUUUGCAUUCAACAAUUUCAGUGGUGAGAUAGCUACAGAAAUUUUUUUGAACAUGGAAGAUCUUAUAGUUCUUAAUCUUCAGUCCAACCAACUCCAAGGACCUUUAGGUAUAGCCAUCUGCAACUUGAGUGCGCUUGAGUCUUUGAUCUUAAAAAAUAACAACCUAAAUGGCACAAUCCCACAAUGCUUGGGGGAACAUUACGCACUUUCUGUGUUAGACUUGGGAAUGAAUGACUUCAAUUGGAUUUUUCCCACCAUGUUUUCAAAGGGCGGCAACAGCUUAACAACCAUAGCUUUGAAUGGUAAUCAACUCCGAGGACCUAUUCCAAGAUCUUUGGUCAAUUGCAUUCAACUAGAAGCUCUUGAUUUGGGGAACAACAAGUUACAAGAUACAUUUCCAAAGUGGCUUGGAAAUCUUCCAAAGUUACAGGAACCCUCCCAAAAUAUUUUUUCAAUGGCUUUAAAAGUAUGGUCAAUGUCAUACAUGAAAGUCAACAAGAAGCAAGCUAUUUGGAAAUACAAACCUCUCAGUUGUGGUCAUAUGACAUUUCAAUCACUUUAA